AUGGGAAGCAUCAAGUGUGGAACUGGAUCUCGAUGGACCAUGGCAUUCUCAGCUUUGAUGGUCGUCCUUUUGAGUACUGGUGCUGGAUUCGGCAUCUCUUCCAUCUUUGGGUUCUUCUUUGGACCCGUUCACUCUCUUCUUCCAUUCAUCCUUUUGGGUAUUGGCGUCGAUGAUGCCUUUGUCAUUGUCAACGCUUUCAACCGCGAGCGUAAGGUUGCAAGAUCCAAGGAAGACAACGAGGCCCUCGCUCAGCGAUGUGCGCGUGCAAUGGCCCGUGCUGGUGCCUCCAUCACUGUCACUUCUUUGACAGAUCUUGUCGCAUUUGGAAUUUCGGCUACCUCUUCUUUGCCCGCUUUGGCCAGUUUCUGUGCCUACGCAUCCUUUGGUAUUCUCUUUCUGUGGAUUUUUGCUUCCACAUUCUUCCCUGCCACCAUGGUCCUUGACGAACGUCGCCAACGCGACAAUCGCAGAGAAUGCCUGUGUUGUCUUACCCGCAAGGCUCCCCUGGAAGAAGACGAGGAUACUGGCUUUGAAGAAGGCGCAGUCUCCCGCUAUUUCCGCAACUACCAUGCUCCUGCAAUUCUUUCCGUCCCAGGAAAGUUUGCGACUCUAAUUGUCUUCAUUGGGCUCUUGGCGUUUGGAAUCUUUGGAAUGUUGAACUUGUCGGUCGAAGAUUCUGAGAGAAGCUUCAUUCCAGAUGACAGUUACGUCAAUGGAUACUUUGAUGCUGCUGACAAGUACUACCCAUCCACUGGUAUUGAGCUGGCAAUUGUGUUCGAAGGAAGCUCGGACAUUUACGCUAGUCGUGAAGGUCUUGCCACUUUGGACGAACGUCUUGCCGGCAAGUCUUCCAGCCCACCAUAUAUUGCCGAACCAGUUUCCGAUGCAGCGUACACAAACAUCAUGGCUGGUUUCAGCAGCUACUUGAAGACUGCCGGAUCCAAUGUGAACGUCACUUUGGGUUCGGAUGGCUGGCCAGCCACCGAAGCCGAAUUCGUCACUGCCCUCACAAGCUAUGCCGGAUUUGGUGGAGCUGGUUCUCAAUACACCAGGGACUUCGUCCUCUCUGCCGAUGCUAAGAGCGUUGAUGCUAUUGUUGUAAAGACCGAAUACAUUCGUCUUACGAAGAUGAGCGGAGACAAGGUCAUUGACGAUGCCGACAGACAAAUCGAAGCCAUGGAUGCAACUCGAGAAAUGGUCUCAAGCUGGACUGACUUGCCACAACAUUUCACCUACUCGGAGAAGUUCAUUGGUAUUGAAGGUUUCAAGGUUAUCAAGAAGGAGCUCUUCUUGAAUGUCGGUCUUGCCAUUCUUGCCGUUGCCAUCAUUGUCUUCUUCACUGUUGCCAGUCCAACGACAUCGAUUUUGAUCACCUUGAAUGUUGCGGCGUGUAUCAUUGAAAUUCUGGGAUUCAUGUAUGCCCUCGGAAUUGUCAUUGAUUCCGUCAGUGUUAUCAACAUGGUGCUUGCUGUUGGUCUUUCCGUCGAUUACAGUGCUCACGUUGGUCAUUGCUUCAUGGUCAAAGGAGGCGAAGACAAGAACAAGAGAGCACUGGAGGCCUUGGCCGAUAUGGGAGCAUCCGUGUUGAACGGUGCUAUUUCCACCUUUUUGGCUGUCGUUGUCCUUCUUUUCUCUUCUUCCUACGUGUUCCGAGUGUUGUCCACUCAAUUCGCUCUGACCGUUGGAUUGGGAGUGCUUCACGGUCUUGUUGCCCUUCCAGUCAUGCUGUCCGUUCUUGGACCAAAGCCAUUUGCUUCUGCCGAAGACCCGGACUCUUCUGGCAAACCAGCCAACACUGACAAGAUUUCAGAAGACGACGAUCUAGAUGAUGCCUAG